CGCUAUUCAGACGUUCAUUGUCAGUUAUGUUACAGAACUGUAAAUGAGCAUAUUAAGGUCCGGCGUUUUAUUUUUUAAGCUUGUUUUCAUCAGCGCGUCUUCCUAACAAAGUUUAACUUUGCGGUUGCUAUGGCUGCGAGUUCGUGCGAGGUUGGUAGGGAGGGAAGUGACGACUGGGGCUGUUGUUGGGACACGUGACUGGAGCUGCACUGAUCUGUUUUGACAAGCGGUGGGGAGGGAAGUGAGGAGGGGAGGCAGACUGUAAGCAUCACGACUGAGGAGGACUCACUGUUCCUUUCAUCUGCAUUUCGUCUGAAUAAUAUCAUUAUCGACCUUUUAGUUUUAGUAGUCAACUGGCCCUUAAAUUAGCAUCUACUACUGAGUAAACGCUUGUGGAAAACGUUUCCCUCUGUUACGAAGCGUUGGAGUAGAGUCUAACUAUUUGUUGUUGGUUUGAAAAGUUCGCAAAGGAAGUCCGCACAGUUGCGUUUCUAACGUUAAAUAGAUGGCGACGGUUCAAAGGCGGUGGAUGGAUAGAAUGUGGACCAUAUCCGUCUGAUAUCACUGGUUUAUAUUUCGUGAGACAAAUGAUGCGCUGAAUAUUAUCGUCGUAGCAAAAAUAAUAAUACUACCGAGACCGUCUGUCAUCGAUAUUGGUCUUUGCAGCUGAGCUGUGGCUACCUGCGCUACAUUGGGGGUUGGGAUGUUUGGGAGGUCGUCGUCACCAGUGGACGCUUAACUAAACCGUGACGAUUAAGUUACUUAACGGUAGUUGUGUUUGCUAUCUAGCUAGCUAACACUGCUGAGUUAGCAACCCCUUCGGUUUUAGCAGAGUGUCGUUGUGAGGAGCCAAUGUUACAGGAAAGAAGACACAGAAAUGCAUCGCGACGUAACUAUGGUUCAGGUGGCGGAAUUUGAGACGAGUUGUAUGAGUAGCCAGCUUGCUAGUUAAAUGCUAGUAGUCAGAUUGGUUACUCGCCAGUAAGCAGACUGACAACUCUAUUACCUAACGCUAACUGUAACGGGCUAUCAGCUGUCUUUGUGUUAGUCAGUUGGACAAUACAGUGCGACUCGAUGGAAGCCUACAGUAGCAUGCUAACAAAGCAAUGCUUUGUUGUUGGGUAGAGGACAGCUGGCACCAACACACAGGCAUCAAAGCUGAUAUUAUUGCUUAGCUAAUACAGCAGGUCUCAGUCACAGAGCAUUUGGGGUUCCAGACACCGGUGUGUUGCUGCCAAGGCUGUGUGUGAUAGAAAAAGAAACGACUGAGCAAGAGACCUGCAAGAGACCCUGAAGGCAACCUGAUGACACUGGACAACAUGAAGUCGGAGCGAGCAGCAGCUCAGAGGCAUGUAGGAGGAGUUCCCUGAGAGGAAUGUGCGUGACUGGUUGGCUGACUGCAAUACACAUACAACAGCAGCUCGUAGCUCACACUUCUGCAGAGCCAGUUGAGAGGGACUCUAUUCAAGCCAGCCUGGCUCUGGUGGGAGGAGGACAGGAUGCAACCGAGGAGUUUUUCGAGUAUGAUGCGGAGGAGUUCCUGGUGUUCCUGACCCUGCUCAUAACAGAAGGAAGGACACCAGAAUAUUCUGUGAAGGGUAGAACCGAGGGGCUGCACUGUCCACCAGCCCAGUCGGCCAUGCCGCCUCUUCACAAGCACGAAUGCAGCGACAAACUGCCCCAGUGUCGGCAGGCAAGGCAAAAUUCGGAGGUGAUCCUGCUUUGGAGGAACACAUCCCCUCAUGAUCGGGUCAUGCUCCUGCCAGACUGUUGCUACGGUGAUGAUGCCCCAUACCCCAUCAGUGACCCGGUCAUCAAGCAAGCUCUGCUGCUGGAGAGAUGGACCCUGCAGCCAGUUCCAAGACUAAGUAAUAUAAUAUACGGUGAUCGUUUCAUUGAGGAGAAGACCCUGCUGUUGGCUGUUCGAUCCUACGUCUUUUUCUCCCAGCUCAGCGCCUGGCUCAGUGCCUCCCAUGGUAUUGUCCCGAGAAACAUCCUGUACAGGAUCAGUGCUGCUGAUGAGGAGUUGGUGUGGCAGUUUUCCCAGCCGCCUUCAGAACACAUUUUCCCGGUCCCCAAUGUAUCCCAGAGUGUUGCACUGCAGGUUCGCGUCCAGUCACUCCCCCGCCAACCCACGUACCCCACUCUGGCCUGCAGCAUCCAUACAGGUCUGCCACCACUUUACAGCAAGACCCCCAGUCUCAACCCAAACCUCAACAGCCAUGGAGGCCUGGCCACCCACAAAAAGAGCCAGGACUCCAGCAAAGACAACCUCCUUCACAACUCUAACAUGUACAGCAAGAGCUCCAACUCCAUGUCUGGCCUUCUGCUCAAUGGAUUACCCAUUUCUAAUCUCCCCAUCACCAACAUCCCCAUUAAUAGCCUUCCCCACACUGCUGUCCCCCCUCCUUACAGCAAGAAGAGCCAGGAGCCUGGUGAGGACCACACGUAUCAGAAUGGAGAACUUCCGCAGGUCAACAUCCCGCAAUGUCAGGGAUCCCCACUGUACCACAGGUCCUCGCACUCCCCCACGCCCUCCCGCUCCCGCUCCCACUCACACUCUCCACUUGCCACAAGUAAAGCUGGGAAGUGGCUUUACUCGGCUCUUAAUGGUUCAUCUGACCCGACACAAGUAGAGGACUAUGGGUCUGGGACUAACAACAAUGAUAGGUCAAAGGGGCCCAUCCCUGAGCCACUGAGAGCUUUUAAGAACUUUUCCUUGGCUGAACCACCCCGUUGCCCCUCCCCAAGGGCUGCAACCGAGACAAACCCCCUGAUUGGCUCCCUACUGCAGGAGAGACAGGAAGUUAUUGCCCGCAUCGCACAGAGGCUCAACUUCUGUGACCCCACAGCACCGCCACUCCCUCCCGGCCUUUUUGCUUCUGACAACCCUCCCAAAGCCAUGUGGGGCAGUAACCAUGAUGACAUAACUGCCAGUAAGACCAAAGAGCCAGAGGUACCGCCCUAUGAGUCGGUGGGACGUGUGUGGUCCAGCCCCUUCAAUACACCUGUGACUGACCCUUCUUUUAACAAACGGGAGAGCUCCUCCCCUAAACCUGCAGCAUGCAGGAAGCUGAAAAUGACUGAGAUAAGAGACAGAGAAGAUGAGAGGAAUGGUGAGAGGGAGAGAGAGAAGGAGAAAGAGAAGGAAAAAGACAGGGAGAGAGACAGCUCCCUGAUCGCCCAGGCAGUACAAGACAUAACUAGACUCAUCCAGGAGAGACUGUCUGUCCCCUCUCUGUCCCCAAGGCAUAGCAGGAGCGGCAGCCAUCUGCACCACACACACACAACAACAGUCACACACACGGUCCGCACAUACUCACACACCACACACAUCCCACAAGCCUCACACACUGCCACCAAUGGCCACAUACCCAGCCAUGAACCUCACAAAGGCAGCAGUCGCACCGCUGCCACACACCCGCCCGUUUGCACAGAAAAGCCCCAGGUAGAUCCGGGGGCCGAAUGCCAUUCUCCCCGGGCCCAAAAUGGUGCUUACUUUACACUUGAAGAACCCUCAUUCAAAGGCCAGUCCUAUGCCCAGGCUGGUCACUGUUUACGAACUCCCCCACAGGAAAAGCUUGGAGUCAGGACACCCAGCAGCCAUGAAGCCCCAUCGGCCUCCCCUGUCCUUGAGAACAGCCCAAGGAAUGCCCAGAUCUUUAGUUGGACUUGCAAUGAUGGCAGCCCAGCAAUGAACUGUAACAUAAGCCACAACCACAGCAAGCCUCAGCCUCAGCUUCAGUCCCAGAUGCAGUCCUGUGCACCAGCCCAGGCCUCUGCCCUGCAGGAUGAGAACCAGGCACCCUCGUUGUCUGGAUGCUCUAACACCUCCAGUCCAGACGUGACUCAAGACAUGACCCCCCCUUCUACUGUCCUGCGAGCUCACAGCCCCUCCCCGCUGCGCCCCUGCAACAGCUGUAAGAAACAGAAUCGCCACUCAUUAGACGCCACAGCGACCAAGGCCUUCCACCCAUGUACUGGCCUGCCUCUGCUCUCCAGCCCUGUUCCUCAGAGGAAAAAUCAAACGGGCUACUUCCACCUGGACACCUCUCUGGUUGGCUGUAAGGGUUUGCCUUGGGCCUCUGGGAAAAGGGUGUGUCUUAAGAAAGAGGGGUUCAUAGAUGAGUCACAGCAGCUGUUCAUUGCCAGCGCUCCACCUGCCAGUCUCAGUCUGCUGGGAAACUUUGAGGAGUGUGUGCUGAACUACCGCCUAGAGCCUUUAGGGUUAGUGGAGGGUUUCACAGCAGAAGUUGGAGCGAGCGGGUCCUUCUGCCCUAGUCACCUGACCUUACCUGUCGAGGUGUCAUUCUACAGUGUAUCCGACGACAAUGCUCCCUCACCAUACAUGGGUGUGAUCAACCUGGAGUCCCUGGGGAAAAGGGGCUACCGUGUACCUCCAUCAGGAACCAUUCAAGUGACCUUAUUUAAUCCCAACAAGACAGUGGUAAAGAUGUUUGUUGUGAUGUAUGACCUACGAGCCAUGCCUGCUGGACACCAGACCUUCUUGCGCCAGAGGACCUUCUCUGUUCCCGUCCGCCGUGACACAAACAAUCAUACCAGCAGGAAGCCCCUCGGCCAGGGACGCACCUUGCGCUACCUCGUUCAUCUGAGGUUCCAGAGUUCUAAGUCUGGAAAGAUCUACCUCCAUAGAGACAUCCGUCUGCUGUUUUCCAGGAAGUCCAUGGAGGUGGACAGUGGAGCUGCCUAUGAGCUCCAGUCCACCACAGAGUCCCCUAUUGACCCACCAUUCUCUCCACGCUGCUGAGGCUUGACUCCCUCCCUCCUCCGCCCGGCAGGCGACCACCGAAGCUUCAAUCGCACCGUGAUGCCAGCGAUAGACCCUUAUGCAGCCCACGGCUAGAUAAAUGGAACCUAAAAGAGAAGCAAUUUAAGGACUGCAGUCAACAGGACUUACCUGGCAUGUGCCCAAAAUCUUAAGUUUCAUCCCUUCUGUCACCCCAGAACUGACAAGGUGGGGCCAAGAGCCUGGGAGACUCGCCAGAGAUGAUGUUCUUUGUUAAGUGCACAACCUUGGAUUAAAGAGGUUGGGUCAAAGGUUAUGGUUGUAGAGUAUGUUUCAGAUCCUGUUCUCCUGGUUAAGAAGGCCUUACCAGAUAUAAUCGGUCAAUCUUUUUCCUGCUGUUGUGUGUAUCCCCUCCAGCGUCUGGCAGGAGAGUAGGGACCAGUGAUCAUCUACAGAAGAAGUUAGACACUUAAAUUAUUUCAGCAAAGUUUAGACUACUUGACUCUUUUUACUAAAAUUAAAAAUGUCAAUUGGACCUGUACUCAACAUAAUGAAGUCAUUUUCAACCUCAAUUUCAUCAUAAAUGCAAUACAAGGCCCAGGUAAUGGUAAAAUAUUUUGAAUUGAUUGAACUGAAAAGUGAAUUUACCUUUGACCCUGUGAUUCCUGAGCUCGGAGCAGAGGGAGCACGUAUGGAAGAAAAAGUGGGUGGUAGACUGCGGUGCAACAACACCCCCUUGUCCAAAAAAACAUACCAUGGACCACUAAAAGGUUGAACGAGCAAUAAAGCUAGAUUCAACUGAAAUCAUCACAGCAGAACAUCAGAAGUGCACUGUGGAUUUGUUUUCUCAUAACUGGAAAUUAAACAGAAAAUAGUAAUAUUCUAAUACUUUUGUACUGUUACAGAACCACUUUAUUGGAAGUGUCGCAAUAGAAAGAGUAACUUUAGUUUAGUGUUUACACAUUCACUUUUAGUUUACUUACCAUCGGUUUAUUUAAUAUUUAAAUUAAUAUUUUCAGUUACUACCUGUGAUGUCUGUCAUGCUAAGAUGAUGUAGUGCAAACUGUAUAUCACAGUAUGUAUUUUUGACAUUAAUAUUCAAAUCUGAAGAAAAAAAAAAUCUAUAUCUUUGCUAAAGCAAUCUUGAGAGAUGCUCUGUCUCUUUGUGUUUAUUAUUUUUCCCAUUGUUUUUUCUGACCACUACAUCUCCAUACUGUCACAUCCUGGAAUGAAAGGUACAAAACACAACUGAUUUUUUCUUCUCCUUUGAAAUUGGUCCUAAACUGCUCAAUAUGAUCAAAAACAACUGAGCUGUGGCACAGCUGUGGUUUUUGAAAUUACAUACCAGUCAGAAAUACCUUAUGAAUACAUCUUUAUAUGACAAUAAAGAACUUGAAA